AUGGAGCUGCCCCCGCAGUGCCAUAUCGACUUUCCGGACAAGAACAACCUGAUGCACUUUAACAUCACCAUCUCUCCUGACGAGGGUUUUUGGAAAGGAGCUAGCUACACCUUCGUCUUCAACGUGGCUGCAUUGUAUCCCCAUGAGGCACCUAAGGUGAAAUGUGAGACAAAGAUAUACCAUCCCAAUAUUGACAUGCAGGGGAAUGUUUGCCUCAAUAUUUUGAGAGAAGAUUGGAAGCCUGUGCUGUCCAUCUCCUUGGUGGUCUACGGGCUGCUGUAUCUUUUCUUAGAGCCUAACCCUGGUGAUCCGCUGAACCAUGAGGCUGCUGAGGUUCUGCGGAACAACAGAGGUGAGUUUGGUCGUAUCGUGGCCAGGACCCUGAGGGGUGGUGCAGUCGCAGGCCACGCUUUCCCCAAGCAUCUUGCCAGCAUGCGGAAGCAGCUAGUUGCAAAUCUCCAGUGCGUGAUCAGGUGUCUCGCAAAUGCCACACUUGCAUGGUGUCAGAGCCUGCUGUCGCCAGCAGGACUGGCUCAUUGUUUAUCUUUGGCCUGCUUUCUCGUGCAAGUGAUUCUUAUCAACGUAUUCCUUGUUCAAUACCUCAGUCCAACAGUCCUCUUAACGCUGACCGUGGAUGUGCCCUUGUUGCUGCAUCUUGCCUGGUUCUGGAGAGUGGAGUGUGCAUAUCGUGCAGCCCCAACGCAGUGGUUUUGCUACAGCUGGGUGCAUGCUGCAAAGGUAGUCGUGCUUUUUUGCCGCGUGAUGCCACGGCUGGCCAGUGCCACUCCAUCUGUUUCGGAGGAGUUUCUACGAGGCAGUGACUUCAGCAUCAAUGCUUCAUAUUUUCAGGAUUUGUUCAGUCCGACGAUGCUUGCAAACCUCUUGCUCAUCACCCCGGUGUUCUAUGCAUUGCUCAUGUUUCGUGCAAGUAAGGCGAUUUUUGGAUCGUUGUCAAAGCGCGUGACUGUGGAUCUCAUCAUGCAAUAUGACAUGUUGUGGCAUGUGGUUAUCGAUAUGGUUGACCAGGUGGAUAUGUUUUACUAUGCACGCUUGGCCGAAUGGGUUGGUGGCUGA